AGACUGAAGGAAGUGUUCCACAGUCCGACUGGAUAGGACGGCACAGGGAACACUGUGGAGGGAGGGGGAGUGAGUGGGAAACCGGCAAAGGAGAAGAGAAACACAGAAAGAAGCCAAAGGUGGAUUUGAACUGAAACCUAAGUUAUAUUUGGAGGAAGACCAAGAUCACCUGAUUCCACCAAACAUGGAUGGAAGACCCACCUGUGACCAGUGUGGGAAGACUUUCACCAGAAGUAGUGGGCUGAAGGUACACCUACGCAUCCACACUGGAGAAAGACCAUAUAGCUGUGACCAGUGUGGAAAGACUUUCACCUCAGCAAGUAACUUAGAAGUCCACCAACGCACCCACACUGGAGAAAGACCAUAUAACUGUGACCAGUGUGGGAAGGCUUUCACCCAUAUGAAUGUGCUUAAAAGACACCAAUUCACCCACACUGGAGAAAGACCAUACAAGUGUGAUCAGUGUGGGAAGACUUUCACCCAAAUGGCUGCGCUUAAAAUCCACCAACGCAUCCACACUGGAGAAAGACCAUAUUACUGUGACCAGUGUGGAAAGACUUUCACCACAACACAUGAGUUAAAAAGGCACCAACGCAUCCACACUGGUGAGAGACCAUAUGACUGUGACCAGUGCGGAAAGGCUUUCACCUCUGCAAGUGACUUAAAAUGCCACGAACGCAUUCACACUGGAGAAAGACCAUACGGUUGUGGCCAUUGUGGGAAGACUUUCACUUUGGCAAGCAAGUUAAAAAGCCACCAACGCAUUCAUACUGGAGAAAGACCAUUUAACUGUGACCAGUGUGGGAAAGCUUUCACCACUAUGAGUUGGCUGAAAAAACACCAACACAUACACACUGGGGAAAGACCAUAUGACUGUGACCAGUGUGGGAAGACUUACAGAUUCCUGUCUGCUUUAUGUUCUCACCGCCGUGUUCACCACACAAAGUUGAUGUAUCCCUGUGAUAGGUGCACAAAGAUAUUCUGGUCCUCUUCCUCUUACAAGCAUCACCAACAGACCCAUAUUGGAGAGAAUCCCAACCAGUGCCAAUUUGGUGACAGAUCUUUGAUCACAGGUUCACAAUGUACCAAACAUGAACCUGUCAAACAUUUCCACAAAAAAGAAAAACUGAACAGUUGUACAAAAAUUAAGACUCUAGACAAUCAGUGUCAUAACACACCAAAACAGUUGGAGUGUUACCAGUGUCCAAACAGAUUGAUUUCAUCCUCUGCUCUCUCCCAUCAUCAACUCAGAUGUGAAUCAUCAAUGUCUGGACCAAACAGUACCUCAGCAUCAGAUGAGAAGAAGAAACACACUGUGUGUGAACCAGCAGCACCAACUUCUUCUGACAAGAGCAUCAGACUUCAAAACCUCCAGAUCAGACUUCACAGGAUCCAGAUGUGAAGACAAACACCAGACUGAAAGCUGUGUUUUGUUGUCUUCAGAGUACAGAAGUGUGUUCUAAUGCACCACUCUGUAGCAGGAAGCAGGAGGUGACAUCACUGGUAAGGCGGGGGAAGGGAAGGGUAGAAAUCAGACCCACCUGAGAGCUGUGUGGUGGAGGGAAAUGCAAACAAAGGAGAGACUGGAAGGAGGUUUGAUUGACAGGAGAAGUGACAACAAAAAGGAAAGGAGGAAAAGACUGAAUGUGACUUUAAGUGAGGAAUCUGGAAGUGGACUGGUGUGGACCCAGGACUCUUGAGAGGAGAAUUUGAAUCCCUGGAGCAGGCGGACCUGGUCCUGCUCGGACUAUGGUUGCUCUCUCUCCAGGUCAGAGGACACCUGCCGGCUCCCCUGGAACCCAAACUCUCCUGGCUUCUCCCCUGAUCAUAGGUCUUCUCUCUCUCUCUCCCUCACCCACCAUACUGCCUGUUUCUCUGACUUUUGCGAGAGAAACCAGGUGGAACCAAUUUAUUUAGGUGCACCUUACUGUACCCUUUAAAAUGGCGGACACUAAUGUUGUUGGGUACUGGGAGCUUAGAGAUCGUCAUGGCAGCAACAGCAAGAGGGGUUCAUUACAGCGUGGAUACCAUCAGAGAAGAAUCAUCAGUGAGAAUGACUCACUGAGACUCUGGAGAGACAGGCGGUAAGCGCUCAGGCUUUACUGUGAACGGACUUUUACAACUGUAAUCUAAUUGUUCGCUGACUUGAACAGCUCAUUGAAUGGCUUUCUAUUAACUUUUGUGUUCAUAAGGUGUGUUCUUCUCUUAAAGUUGUUGAAUGGCGUCAUCUGUGGGCACCCUGUAUGUACUGUUAUCAUUCUGUUUGGUCACAUUGAAGUUAUGUGCAGCUUUCAUCCUGGUCAAUAAAUCUAGACGUAUAGAUGUCUGUAAGUAUUAGUUUUACAAUUAUUUUGUCAUUAGCUUAGAAGUAUGAUUGCUCGCACCUUUUACAGAGCACAAAUAAGUUUUCACUUUGUGGUGGAAGCGUUCUGUUCACUGCUAAUAUUUGAGUCAGGUGGCAGUCUGUUUUGUGUCAGUGCUAGCUUGUAUGUACUCAGUUCGGAGCUAAUGCGGAUGCUAUUUGGUAGCAAUUCCUGUGUUUCCUUUACUAGCAAAUUAUUUGUGCACUCUGGGAGAAACUUGUGCAUAUUAUUAGCAUUGGAGUAUUUUUGAUUCAUGCCAAUUAGAUUACAUGUAAUGUUAAUGCAGUUCAGAAAAACAUUUUUUACUGUGUA